AUGGACAGCCCGACCGCGCUGCCUCGGACGCUCCUGCUCCUUCUGUUCCUGUUCCUGUCGCCGCUGGGAGGCUGGUGUCACCCCAUGCCGGACACUGAGCUGUCCCCGGAGGACAAGCGCUAUCAGGAAAUGAUGCGGUUCCUGCAGAAAAUGAAGCCGCUGGAGAAGUAUGACUUGGCCCCCAUGGAGGCCCAUCACACAGGCAUGGUCGCCCACCCCGUGACCAGACCACAGGCCGUGAUGAUCCGCCAGGAGAUGGCCCCCAUAGAGGCCCAGCGCACAGGCAUGGUGGCCCACCCCGUGACCAGACCGCAGGCCGUGAUGACCCGCCAGGAGAUGGCCCCCAUAGAGGCCCAGCGCACAGGCCUGGGCGCCCACCCCGUGACCAGACCGCAGGCCGUGCAGACCCGCCAGGAGAUGAGCACCAGGCGCACGGACUGCUUCGGACGGAGGAUGGAUCGGAUCGGAUCCAACACCAGCCUGGGCUGCAAGCAGUGGAGGUCCUAGGACACUCGUGGCUGCCCGCGGCGGUGCUGGUGCCUCAUGGUCUCCCUGCUUCUCUCAGGAGGAUUUCUAUUUAUUCAUACUUUUAUUUUUACCUGUGAUUGUUUUAUAUAAGAUGAUUCUGAGCUCAGAGCACAAAUAAAAUCAGCAUUAGACAUG